UGUUCGGAUGCCGAGAUAUAACUGUUUGAAUUUUAUGUUGCUAGGGUGCUCAAAAGUGGUUGCUAGGGGCGUGGCUUAAUACCUAUUUAAGGAUCCUGAGAGACUGAUUGGAUGCCUGAGUAAAAUGAGCCCAGCCCCAUGUCUCUAUGACACUGUGCUGCAAAGAUAUCCAUCUGGGCAUUUUAUAAUGGCAGUCUAUGGGAGAUGUUGCUAGGGUGCACAAAAUUGUUGCUAGGGGCGUGGCUUAAUACCUAUGUAAGGAUCCUGAGAGAUUGAUUGGAUGCCUGAGUAAAAUGAGCCCAGCCCCAUGUCUCUAUGACACUGUGGUGCAAAGAUAUCCAUCUGGGCAUUUUAUAAUGGCAGUCUAUGGGAGAUGUUGCUAGGGUGCCCAAAAUUGUUGCUAGGGGCGUGGCUUAAUAGCUCUGGGAUGAUCCUGAGAGACUGAUUGGAUGCCUGAGUAAAAUGAGCCCACCCACUUAUCUCUACGACACUGUAAAGCAAAUAUAUCCCAUCUGGAACUGUUUUAUUCCCUUAUAUGGACGUGUUCCCUGCCCCAUUAUAAGUGAAUGGGAAAUUUCGGGUGCCUCUUACCCCGGAUUUCCACCAACUGCGGAACGGUGGCAGAGCGGGUCCGCUGCGUUACGGCUCCGCACUCGGCCGUCCGUCAAUACCCACCGGAUCCGUAUUUGUUGCAGAGCGGCUGCGUGCUGAAGUGACGAGGACCCGUGAGUUCUCGCAAAUUCACAUGAAGAUCGCGCGAUAUGUAGUUCCGUCUCCGCCCAUUAUGACGUUAAAUUAUGACGUUUUGCUGCACCAGCUCAGGAGCAGAUUGGAAACCACUCGUUGUUGACCUGCGUCUUUUUUGUUUAUUGUGAGUCUACAAUGGUGUCCAUUGCUAGGAGGAGAACAAUAGCUUUUUUACUUCUUCUUGCAAGACUGCGAAGGAGGGGUAGAAGGAGAAGGAGCCAGUACUGGGUCCAUCCACUGAACCAGCGCAGGCCUCAACAAGGAGACUUUUACCAUCUUGUGGCUGAACUGCGUUUGGAUAGUCAACGCCAUCACCAGUACUUUAGGAUGAGUGCAGAGAAGAUGGAUGAGCUUCUCUCAAUCAUUGGCCAUGAACUCACCAGAAAAAAUACCAACUACAGGUCUGCCAUAGAACCAAAGCAAAGACUGGCUGUUGGACUAAGAUACCUGGCUUCUGGUGACUCAAUGAUCAGCCUUGCAUUUAGUUACCGCCUUGGCCACACAACAGUGAUGAACUCUGUGCAUAUGGUGUGUGCUGCCAUUGAAAAGGUAAUGAUGCAGACAUUUUUGCCCCGGCCAACCGCAGACUCAUGGAAGGAGAUAGCUCAACGCUUCUGGGAGAAAUGGAACUUCCCAAACUGCCUGGGAGCACUUGAUGGGAAACAUAUUGUAAUUCAAGCACCACCCCUGUCCGGUAGUCAGUACUUUAACUACAAAAAGACUUUCUCCAUUGUGCUUUUGGCACUUGUGGAUGCAGACUACCGGUUCAGGUGCAUACAGGUGGGGGACUUUGGUAGAACAUCUGAUGGUGGGGUGUACGCAGGAUCUGAUUUGGGGAGGGAAAUGGAGAACAAAACUCUACACGUCCCUCCUAGUACCUGUCUGCCUGGUGCUGCUCACCUCGGGGAUGUCCCACAUGUCAUGGUGGGUGAUGCAGCAUUCCCUCUGAAGACAUACUUAAUGAGACCCUACCCAGGACAGAACCUCACCCACAGGAAGAGGAUUUUCAACUACAGACUGUCGAGAGCAAGGAUGGUAGUUGAAAAUGCCUUUGGAAUUUUGGCGGCACGUUGGAGGAUUUUUCAUCGCAGGAUUAACCUGCACCCAAAAAAUGUGGAUAGAGUUGUGGUGGCAGCAUGCAUCUUGCACAAUUUCCUCCUUGCCCCAAGUGAAAAUGUACGGCUGCUGGAAGAGGCAGAGGAAUUAGGAAGACACAUGGGACCAGUGAGAAACAUGGGGGGAAACAGGGCAUCAAGAGAAGCCUGUGCUGUUAGGGAGAGCUUUGCCACUUUCUUCAAUUCUCCCGAGGGAAGUGUGUCUUGGCAGGAAAGAAUGGUGUAAAAAAAACCUUGCCAUUCCUGAUGACUGAAACCCAUUAUAUUUUGAUUGUGUGUACUGUUUUUUUCUGGGGUGAAGUAUUGUACUGUAAUGUUAAGUUAUGUGAAUUGUGAGUGAUUUGUAUUGAAAAUAAAGUUUGAAAGACCAUUGUU